AUGCUCGAGCCGGAGGAGAACGCUUUUGCCAGUAGGUGGCAGCGCUGGCACCUAAAAUCCCAGACCGGCGGCGUUCUGGGACGAUGUCCCUUCCUGCUGCCGACCCUCUGCCUCCUGCCCACGGGCGCAGCCCCUCGGCGCCGGGCGCCCGCCGCUGCCACCCGCGAUCUCAAGCCCCAACAAAGUGAGUUGAAUUCCUUCUCGUGGACCAUAAAGUGAGACCCGCCAUCUUACUUCUUUGGCACAAUCCAUGUCCCGUACACGGUUUGGGGCUUCAUCCCUGACAGCUCUAAGGAGGCUUUCCAGCAGAGCAGCGUUGUGUGCUUUGAGUUGGACCUCACUGACCCCUGUACCAUCUCUGCUCUCACCAGCUGUCAGAUGCUGCCACAGGGUGAGAACCUCCAAGAUGUGCUCCCCAGGGACAUCUACUGCUGCCUCAAGCGCCACCUAGAGUAGUACGUCAAGCUCAUGAUGCCCUUGUGGAUGACUCCAGACCAGCGUGGCAAGGGGCUCUAUGCAGACUACAUCUUCAGUGCCAUCAUGGGGAACUGGGAGUGCAAGAGGCCUGUCUGGGUGAUGCUCAUGGUCACCUCCUUGAUUGAAGUGGACAUUAAGUCCCGGGGAGUGCCUUUCUUGUACCUGUACCUUGCUCAGGAGGCCGAGUGGCUGAGGAAGCAGACUGGGGCGGUGGAAAAGGUGGAAAACCAUCCGCUGAAUGGGCUGAACUUUUCACAGGUCAUCUUUGCUCUGAACCAGACCCUCCUGCAGCAGGAGAGCCUGCGCGCGGCCGGUCCAGAGGAUCUCAUCAAGCACUGUACCUGCGGGGACCUCAGCUCUGUCAUCUCAGCCGUUCCCAAUUUUAUUAAUGCCACGCUACCACCUCAGGAGCUCAUCACUGCUCAGGAGAUCCACAGCUACUUCCACCAGGAGCUGAUCUACAAGCAGAACGAGAGAAUGGGGAGGUGGGUGAGGGCCCUUUUGGAGGAGUUCCCUGACAAAGGCCUUUGGAGCUGGUGAGUAGUAGGUCAUUUCAUGGGCAAGAACACGGUGCUGGUAGAUGUGCGGCACAAAGGCUGUGAGGUAGAGCAUGCCCCUGCUGGACACCCCAUCAACAAAGAGAAGAGUAAAAGGCCCUUGACACAGCCCUCCCUGUCUGUCCUCUUUGUGCCACAGAAGCCCACCCCAGAAGCACUGGCACUGGAAGCCAUGUCUGCGGUGCACUCAACGCUGCCCCCUCAUGUGUCCCUGCCCGGAAGUGCUGACCUGUCUGGGGAGGAUGAGCAGAAGUCCCGGAAAAAGCAGAGGCAGCCACAGCGGAGGCAGCGACUCCGACUCUGACUCCGACUCCGACUCCGACAAUUCAGCUACCUGUGGGUCCGCGUGGAGGAGAGAGCUGUGGCUCCACACCUCCAGGUCCCUGUCCUGGACAGGCACAUCUCUGCUGAGCUGCAGCUCCCUUGACACGGGUAUUCCCACCACAGCCGGGUGGUGGCCAGCAGUGCCUGCCUGUCUCUCUGGACCCCCGUGUUCUGGGUGCUGGUGCUGGCCUUCCAAACAUAGACACCCUCCUGUAGUGACUGCAGGAGCCAGGCCGAGACCCCAACCCCUCAGACUUGGAGGACAGCCAUUCCUAAGCCCACCCCAGAAGCACUGGCACUGGAAGCCAUGUCUGCGGUGCACUCAACGCUGCCCCCUCAUGUGUCCCUGCCCGGAAGUGCUGACCUGUCUGGGGAGGAUGAGCAGAAGUCCUGGAAAAAGCAGAGGCAGCCACAGCGGAGGCAGCGACUCCGACUCUGA